UUGCCUCUUACAUUGAGUCCUUAUUUUCAAACCAAAAUGUCCGAUUCCACAGACGUGUCCGCUGCAUGCGGACUCACCUGACACGUUGACACUUCCUCACUUCACGUAUCCACACGUGCCCACAUUCCACACGCCUAUAUAUAACUCAACUAUUUGAACCAUUUCCACCAUAUAUGCAUUUCCAAAGCCUCGAUCUUUGUAAGCUUUCCGUCUUUUGUCUCUGUCUCUAGGGCCUUAGCAACUAGACCUUCUUGUUUUCCUCCCAAAACCCACCUCAAAACUCACCGGAAUACUCUCUUUCCGGCAACAUUUCCGGUAACUCAGAGACCCUUUAGAGUAGUGUUUGCAAGAAUGGCUUCAGGUGGUCAGAAGUUUCCACCACAAAGGCAGGAGAGGCAGCCUGGGCAAGAGCAUGUCAUGGAACCUUCCCCUGAAUUUACGAGCUCAGACUACUCGCCAUCCAAUAAGCUUCGAGGAAAGGUAGCGCUAGUGACUGGUGGCGACUCCGGGAUUGGACGAGCCGUGUGCCACUGCUUUGCUCAAGAGGGUGCAACCGUAGCCUUCACGUAUGUGAAGGCUCAGGAGGACAGGGAUGCGCAAGACACGCUCCACAUGCUCAAGAAGGCAAAGACUUCUGAUGCCAAAGAGCCUAUGGCAAUAGCAGCAGACUUGGGAUAUGACAACAAUUGCAAAAGGGUGGUUGAUGAGGUUGUGAAUGCCUGUGGCCGGAUUGAUAUACUGAUCAACAAUGCUGCCGAGCAGUACAAAUCAUGUUCAGUGGAGGAGAUUGAUGAGGAAAGGCUUGAGAGGGUGUUUAGGACCAAUAUCUUCUCUUACUUUUUCACAGUGAGGCAUGCUUUGAAGCAUAUGAAGCAAGGGAGCUCCAUAAUCAACACGACAUCUGUGAAUGCAUACAAGGGAAAUAAAAAGCUGAUAGAAUACACAGCAACCAAAGGUGCAAUCGUGGCUUACACUAGAGCUCUAGCCCUCCAGCUUGUAGAGAGAGGCAUAAGGGUCAAUGGUGUGGCCCCUGGACCCAUUUGGACCCCAUUGAUAUCAUCAUCAUUCAGUGAGGAAGAGUGUGCUAAGUUCGGGUCUGAAGUGCCUAUGGGCAGGGCUGGUCAGCCUAUUGAGGUUGCUCCAUGCUAUGUCUUCCUUGCUUGUAAUCAUUGCUCCUCUUACAUAACUGGCCAGGUUCUUCAUCCUAAUGGUAAGUUCAAUUUUAAGCUGCAAUUUGUGUAUGUUCUAGUACUUAUAGGUAGAUGAUUG